AGCCAACCCACCCACUUGAACGAAUAGAUAAGUUCCAUCCAAUUUUUCUUCCCCCAUUAUGUUAUUGGCUUAUUGCAGUCCUCAUUUUCCAUUUCCACGUGCCGUGACACUAAUAGAGAAAUGCCCCGUGACCACAUUCGUAGUCCUAAUUUGAAAGAUUUCUAAUCAAAUCAAUCAAAAUCCUUACAUAUCUAACAUAAUUCAUAUUUCUUAAUGAGUAAUUUGGCAUUAACCUCAAAGGUGCAUAUGUAUAGGUUUAUAUAUAUAUAUAUAGUACACGGUGUCGGCCCAUUGGUGACAACUCACAACCAUCACUAUUACGACUUACGAGUCUAUUAAUCAUCUUAGUUUGAUUAUUCCUUAUACGUUAUUAUUUAAAAAUAUUUAUUAUUAUUACAUGGAAAUUAUAGGGUAUAAAAUUCGGUCAAGGUAAUUCGUUCCUCUUCUGUCUCGAAAUAGGGUCAAUAACCCUAUGGUACAUAACUUUUCAUAACUAAAUUUGUACCCUUUAUUUUAAAUGGGUCCCCAGAUCUAAGGGUCGACAAUUAAAAUCUUUUUCUUUUUUCGAGUUUUUUUAAUAGACUCAUAUGUUCUUAGUUAUAAUUUGGAUUUUAAUUUUUUUUUUUACAGAUGGAACGAGUUCGUUGUGCUCUACAAAAAUGAGAUUAAUUUUUAAUAUAUUUCAAGAAAAUAAAUUCAUACAACUCGUUACCACCUCAUACCAUAUGGUAUCUCCUCUCUUUUUAAGCCGAUUUGAAAAAAUUUGCACAGAAGGACGAUUUCUUCAUAUGAUCUAUUGGAUAAACAAAUUUCUGGAGAAAAAAAUAUAGGACCAUAAAAUGACAGUUAGUAUAUUCAUACUAUCAUGUAUUCAACCAUUCUACAAUCUAGUAUGUUAAUACCACCAUGAUACACUUCCAUACCACGUGGUAUGCUCUUAUGUAAUACCAAACAAUACCAUCAUGGUAUAGACUAGUACUAAAUGUCUCACAAAAUUUUAUUCCAAAAAUAUCAAAGUGGAUAUCAUUGUAAAAAACACAAUUAAUCUUAUUUAUCUAUGCAAAUCAUUAAAUUUUGAAUUAAAACGAAAGGGAUAUAAAAUUAUUUAUUACAAAACCACUACAAUCAUUUAUUAUUAAUGGGAAAUGAUAGGGUAUAAAAUUAUUUAUUACAAAAUAACAUAUCUAGCAUUUCAUUUUAGGUACAUCGAGCGAACCAAAAUUAAUUAAGAGACAAGGAGGGGCAAACUUGUAAUUGUGCACCACUUUGUCUUUUUUUUUAACGAAAUUCAGAGGAGAGAUAAAUUUCUUUUUUUACAAGUCAUAAACUACAUUUUCUAAACUCUCAUUUUUCUUAAUUGACUCAUAUAAAAAUGAUAUAAUCUUAUAGAGCAAAAAAAACAGACUUCUAUCUAAAACUUUUUGAAAGCUGAUGUAAAACGAAUGAGUUAUAAUCCGUUGAAUCUACAAAAGAAUGUUAGAAAAGUGCUUCAAAAAGCAAAAGGAGAAGAUUAGAAAGGCGCUUAGGGCGCUCGAGAGGCUACCGAAGACGGAUACAACAUUGGCUCAAAGCCAUACACUCCGAUCGGAGUUAGAAGAUAUUGAAUGUGACGAGGAGAUUUUUUGGAAGCAACGAUCCCGGGCUGACUGGCUAAAAGGUGGUGAUAAGAAUACUAAUUACUUCCACCGGAAAGCCUCUGCGCGACGGAAAAGAAAUACAAUCACUAAGCUUAAGGAUGAGAGGAACCAAUGGUAUCGAGGUCAGGAGGAGGUGUUUGGCUGUUUGCUGGAGUACUUCGGUCGACUGUUCAAAACGGGGGACCGACCGCUUGCGACACCAGUUCUGGAUUCAAUUGAUCGCCGAGUCCCGGAGGAAGAAAAUGAAAUUCUGCGGCGACCGUUCACUAGGGAAGAGGUUUUUGCUGCGUUAAAGCAGAUGGGAAAAAGGAAGGCGCCCGGAGAGGAUGGUUUGUCAGUGUUAUUUUAUGUGAAGUUUUGGGGCAUCAUUGGAGACGAUGUUACAGCCCUCGUUCUUCACAUCUUGGAACAUGAGAGCUUGCCGCCAAAUUUGAAUCAUACGCUAAUUGCCUUAAUUCCAAAGGUAAAAGAACCCUCAAUGCCUAAGGAAUUUCGGCCAAUUAGCCUAUGUAAUGUUCUUUACAAGAUUGUGGCAAAGACAUUAGCAAAUCGUAUGAAGAGCCUGCUGGAUGUGGUGAUUUCGCCGGAACAGAGUGCUUUCGUCCCGGGACGUUUCAUAGCUGAUAACAUCAUGGCAGCUUUUGAGUGUUUUCAUACGAUGAAAAAACAAACGAAGAUUAAGAGAGGAUACUUCGCGGCAAAGACAGACAUGGCAAAAGCGUAUGACAGGGUUGAGUGGUGGUUUUUGGAGGGCGUUAUGAAGAAGAUGGGGUUUGAUGAUAGAUGGGUCCGUUUAGUGAUGAUGUGCGUGACUUCGGUAUCAUACUCGGUACUUGUGAAUGGUCAUCGCUCCUCCCGGUUCACGCCAAGCAGAGGGCUUCGGCAGGGAGAUCCACUGUCCCCAUAUUUGUUUCUGUUGGUGGCAGAGGGCCUUUCGGCAUAUACAUCGAAAGCAAGGAGAGAAGGGAGACUCCAUGGAAUUCAGGUGGCGCAUGGAGCCCCUGCAGUAUCACACCUGUUUUUUGCUGACGACUCUAUCUUUUUUGCUAGGGCUACUCCACAGGAAGGUCGGGAGCUGAAGCAAAUCCUGAGUGACUACGAAAAAGAGUCAGGCCAGAUGAUCAGCUAUGAGAAGUCGGAAGUAACUUUUGGGGCGAGUGUGAAGCCCCAUCAGAGCCUCUUGGUAAGCUCGAUCCUGAAUAUGAAGACUGUGGAAAAGCAUGAGAAGUAUUUGGGAUUAGCUACGGUGGCAGGCAGAUCGAAGAAGGAAUUAUUCUCUACCAUCAAGGAAAGGGUGAGGAAGAAGCUCUCGGGAUGGAAGGAGAGGAACAUGUCAGCAGCGGCGAGAGAGAUUUUAAUUAAAUCAGUUGCCCAGGCUCAAUUGACUUAUGUCAUGUCGGUAUUUCGUGUACCAGAAGGAGUUAUAGAUGAGGUCCAUAGUAUGAUUAUGAGGUUCUGGUGGGGGCAAAAAGGAACUGAAAAGAGAAUCCCAUGGCUAGCGAGGGAGAAGCUUGUUUGUCCAAAGGCGGAGGGGGGCAUUGGCUUCCGAGACCUGCGGGGUUUCAACACUGCCCUGCUAGCUAGGCAAUUAUGGAACCUCCAUCAGCGGCCUGGCUCUCUUAUUGCGAGGAUGAUGAAAGCAAAAUAUUAUAAGAAUGGGACCGCACUCGAGGCAAAUGUCGGCUACCGACCAAGCUUUGUAUGGCGUAGUCUGAUGAGCGCACAAGAGUUCUUAUGCAGUGGUUUGAGGUGGAGGAUUGGGAACGGGGAUUUGGUUCGUAUCUGGGGAGAUCGGUGGUUGCCGGACGUACCAGGUUUCUUCGUUCAGUCACCGCCGAUGGGGCUGCCGGUAGACUCGAAGGUCAGUGAACUGAUUGAUGCAGAUACGGAGCAGUGGGAUGCAGCACUUAUCGAAAGUUGUUUUCCAACGGCGAUGGCUGAGUCCAUCUUGCGCAUUCCAAUGCGAGGUAUUAGCGAUCCCGAUCGGCUGAUUUGGGCUUCGAGUAAAACAGGGAGCUAUGAAGUGAGGGAGGGAUACCGUGUGUGGUUGAAGGAGUUCAUGUCUAAUCGGGGUUUGCAGCCGAUAGGGGAGGCUAAUAUGUGGAAGACGAUUUGGUCCAUGAAAACGCCACCAAAAGUCCGCCAUUUUAUGUGGCGGUUUGCGAGAGUUUCUUUGGCUACGGGGGACCAGGUGAGUAUGAGAAGUGAGCGGAGAGGAGAUGAUUGUCCCUUUUGCAACUUGAGGGAGACACAAGUCCAUUUAUUUGGGGAGUGUAGUUGGGUCUGCCGAAUCUGGCGGGCAUCAACUUUAGCCAAGUGGUUUGAGAUGAGGGAUGAUAAGGGAUGCUUGGAAUGGGUAGCACGAGUGGCUCAGACAGCAACAGCAGAUGAGUUUGCGGACUGGAGUGUACUGCUAUGGUUUCUUUGGAAAGAACGAAACGCACAUCUAUUCAAUGGUGCAAAGUUGGCCGAAGAAGAAAUAGUGGUGCGCGCCCAAGCUUAUCUUGAUGAUUAUAAACAACACCAGGAGACUUUGGAGAGCUCACCGGGACCAGUCAUGGUGAAAACAUGGCAACGUCCAGCAACGGGAAAGAUUAAAGUGAAUGUGGAUGCAGGAGUCGUGGAUGGAGGUUUGGGCCUGGGUGUGGUUAUAAGAGAUGACAGGGGGCGCUUUGUGUUAGCGGCUGCGAAGAAAGUCCGAUACGGGGGAGAUCCGGAAAUGGGCGAGGCGCUAGCAGGGGAGUUUGGUCUCCUUUUGGUGCGACAGCAUCACUUGGGAUCCCCUGUACUCGAAACGGAUUGCCUUACGCUGGUGGGCAAGCUAUCGACAGCUAGAGAGGUCCAUACUGAGGUGGGAGUUAUAUGCCGCAGUAUAUGUAAGCUGAUGGAGGAAAUUGGGGGAGGCGAGUGGAGACACGUUAGCAGGAUGGCAAAUGAGGCAGCCCAUAAAAUGGCGCAUGUCAAUACGAGAUGGAAUGAAGCAGAGGUCUGGUUUGAUAGACCACCAAUGUGGCUGCUCGAUCAGUUGAAGCUCGAUGAUGUAACUGUUUCGUCUGAUUAAUAUUAGCUCCGAGCAGAUUUCUAUCAAAAAAAAAAAAAAAAAAAAAACAACACAUCUAGGAUUUGUGUUAGCAAAAAAAAAAAAAAAACCAUUCAACUACCCUAAGAAUCCGAUAAGUUUUCCUAAAAAUAUCUUCUCUCCCCUUACCUCUUUAUGAUAUGGAUCAUUAGAUCUCUCCUUUCCAAAUUAUACCAAAUAAAUCUAAUUUUGUAGUAUUUCAAAAUAAUAAAUUUUGUACUAGAAUCUAUUUCUUAUUAUAUUAUCUGACUUAGAGGUCAUCUAUAGGGGUGGGCAACGGGGAACGAGUAUUUUGGUAUACCAAUACUCGUUCCAUUUUUUUAGGGUUAUGAGUAUCCAACUACCCGUAAUUUUUUUACAAGAUGGGACUUGGGAUCAAGAAAUUCUACAAUGGAUAUCCACUGGUUUCUCGUUAAUACACGUUUGGAUAUUAUGGGUACACUUACUACUCGCUAAUAACCUAGCCUCAUUCCCCAACCCCAUCCCACAUCCAUAUCCAAGCAAUAGGAGAGAAACUCUCGUCCUGUACUCCCUGGAACCAUCGACAAAAUUCAGAAAGCUGUCUUAGUUUUGUAGACGUGCGAAGGAGAACAACAGUUAUAGCUGGCAGCUUUAGGAUUUCACGUAAUAUCCUAAAUAUAAGGUUCGUUUGGAAGUUGUGAUUGUUAGAGUUGUGCUUGUUGAAUACAUGUAUUGUCCACAAUACAAUGUUUGGAAGUGUCAAAGUGUAAAACAAUGCAUGCAUUAUUUUAGGUAGGUCCCACCAACAAUCACAAAAAAAUUAUGCAUUAUACAAUCUCAACUAAAAGUUGAAAUUAUUGUGAUUGUUGCUUUUAGAUUUGUGUCAACUUUUUCUAUCCAUUUAUAUCCCUAAUAGUUUUUGUCUUAUACUAAAACUUGAGGGUAAAUAUGACAUUUCCCCAUAAAAGUAACUUUAUGUAAAUCAAUGCAUAAAGUAAAAUCUCAACAACCAAACAAUGUAUUGGUAAAAUACAUCCAUUGUAUCAAUAUAUGUAUUUAUAUUAUGGUGACUCAUUACAAUGCAACGAUUUAACUUUCGCAACUUCCAAAUCAUCUCUAUAAUUAAAGUUAUAAGCGGGUUACUAUUGCACAAGAGCUUUGCUAACUUGUGUUGUAGGUUAUUUUGGCUUGGUCACAGUCAUUUAUCUGCAUGCUUCAACAUGGGCUUUAUGCUUUGUAGACUAGACUGGCUUUGACGAUUGGGCUUCGUUUUCACCCUCUGAGUAGCUAGAUAUCUCUGGCCAGUCUCCAACCUAUCUCACAAUUUCCAUCGAGCCCUCCAGCUUCCAUCCCGUCCCGUCGUCGAUUCUUUCUUGUUGCUCUUUCUCUCAUCCGGUUGCUUUACUUGCUUCUCCGUUGACCUCUAGCGAUUCUCCAAUAAAAAUCGAGACUUCAU